GAAUUUCACUGUCACAACGAUGAAGAUGAACGACCAACCGUCGAUCGACGAGCCAUUCGAAUCCUUUGGACAUCUGCAAUCAUUUGCUUAAUUUUCAUCAUUUCUGAAAUUAUCGGCGGUUAUUUGGCUCGAUCACUUGCAAUUAUCACCGAUGCCGCACAUUUGUUGACUGAUUUCGCCGGCAUGUUGGUGUCAUUAUUUGCUCUAUACAUGUCCAAACGACCUGCGUCACAACGAAUGAGUUUUGGUUGGCACCGUGCUGAAGUAUUGGGUGCAUUCAUUUCCGUUUUUAUGAUUUGGAUCAUAACCGGAAUACUGGUUUACAUGGCUAUCGAUCGAAUUACUAGUGAUUCCUAUCAUAUUGAUGCUUCUAUUAUGGCAAUUACCGCAGCACUGGGUGUUUUCGUAAAUUUCAUUAUGGCAAUGUUACUUUAUUUUGGUGGACAUACGCAUUCUCAUAAUGGCCAUGCGCAUUUGUCACACUCAGCAAAUUCGGGUAAUACUACUAAUAUUAACGUACGGGCGGCGAUGAUUCAUGUCAUCGGGGAUUUAUUACAAAGUAUUGGAGUGCUUAUUGCUGCACUGCUUAUUUUUUGCAAUGAAUCUUGGUCAAUAGCAGAUCCUAUUUGUACGUUAAUUUUUUCAAUCAUUGUUCUUUGUACGACAAUUUACAUAAUUCGAGAUGCAAUGUUUGUUUUGCUUGAAGGUUCACCUUCAAGUAUUAAUUUUCGUACCGUAUUCGAUUCGCUGGAACAGAUUAAUGGUGUUGAAAAAGUGCAUAAUUUACGAAUAUGGUCAUUGACGCUCGAUAAGAUAGCAAUAAGCGUACACUUAGAAAUUACACCAAGCGCAAAUGCUCAAUGGAUUUUAAAACAAACAACGCAAAUGUUACGAGAUCAGUAUAAUGUGGUGGAAAGUACAAUACAAAUUGAGGGUUAUAAUCCAGAAAAACAAGAUUGUAAUCGAUGUAUACCACCACUUUUAUAA